UGCGAGUUUCAGUGCCGCGUGGAACGCAACGCUGGCCGUAUAACCGUUGACAUUUGCGCGUAAUAAACUUCGUUAAAAAAAGUAUAGCUGUCAAAAAAUGGCGGUAAACGGUGAUAGUUUGAAAAAAUUGAAUAAUAUCGAUUUAAAUAAACUUGGUGCUGAUCUUCAUGUGGAGUUUAAUAGAGGGAGAAGGUUGUCAAAAGCUAAUGAUGCGGGAGAGCGGCGUGUUUUGGUUAUUUACACCGGUGGCACGAUUGGAAUGGUGAAGACUGACGAUGGUCUAUCUCCGGGUAAAAAUAUGUUCAAGCCUUCGAUAAGAAGGUAUCCACAGCUGCAUGAUGAAAAUUAUCACCAGAAAAUUAUGAAAGCGUCGCCAGCCGACAAAAGUCUGGAAAAUUUCUUCGCGUUACCCAAAACUGAUGAUGUAACGUGGAGAAUUCUGUAUGAAAUAAAGGAGUACGACCCACUGUUGGACUCAUCCGAUAUGACUGAAGCUGAUUGGAUAAAAAUCGCCAAAGAUAUUCAGGCUGACUAUGAACAAUACGAUGGGUUCGUGGUACUCCAUGGGACAGACACAUUAUCCUAUACGGCAUCAGCACUUUCCUUCAUGUUUGAAAAUCUCGGCAAAGCUGUAGUUCUUACUGGUUCACAGAUUCCAAUCUUCGAGCCUCGGAGUGAUGGCGUGGAUAACUUCGUGUCAUCCCUCAUUAUCGCAGGGGGUUACAACAUCCCUGAAGUUACCAUUUUCUUUUACGGCAAGUUGCUCAGGGGAAACCGAACGCGGAAAAUAUCCGUGAACAAUUUGUUCGCAUUUGACUCUCCCAACGCUGUACCAAUCGUAAAGGUUGGGCUGGAAAUGGAGGUAAAUAAGUCUGCUAUCUUCAAGCCCACUGUCAUCGAGAAGUUCCAAGUCCACGCCAAGAUGUCAAAGCACGUUGCUCAUCUUAGGUUGUUCCCCAGCAUCAGCACAGAAGCUGUGAAAUCUGCUUGCCAGCAUCCCAUCCAAGGUCUGGUAAUGGAGACGUAUGGCGCUGGCAAUGUUCCAGCGACUAGGCAUGACAUUCUAGAAGUGAUAGAAAAAGCUGUGAAGAGAGGAGUCAUCAUUGUUAACAUAACUCAGUGCGCUACAGGUGCAGUAGCGGCGCUUUAUAAAACUGGUCAGGCAAUAGCAAAGGCAGGAGUGAUAUCAGGCUACGACAUGACGCCUGAGGCUGCCCUCACCAAGCUCUCUUACGUGCUCACCAAGACUGAACUAUCUUACCAACAGAAAGUCGAUAUGAUGUGCUUGAACAUAAGAGGAGAACUUACAAAUCUAUCUUCUAUGUCUAUUGAGGAUCAAACGCUUAAGGAGGCUCUGGGCGUUAGUUUGAACAUCCAGUCUCCAAAGAAACUGGCAGAAGUGGUUGCAAACGUGUUUUCUUCCCUGCUGCUGUACGGCAUCAAGAAAGGAGACGAGGUCAUCGUCAGAAAACUGUUAGAUAUGGGUGCGGAUGUUAAUGCGGAAGAUUCGGAAGGCAAGACUCCUCUUCAUGAAGCUAUUCUAACGGGUAACCAUGAAAUGGUCGAGUGUUUACUCAUGAAUGGCGCCAACGUGCAUUUCAAGACCAGAACUGGCGAGUGUCCUCUCAUCACGGCAGUGUUACGCGAAGAUCCUCAGAUUAUCAACUUACUACUGAAGUGUGGAGCUCACUUGGCCAGUGCCGACAUAUACCCCGUGUCAGAAAUUAUGACCACAGCUAUCAGAACUGGUUCCAUAUCUAAACUGGAGUCGUUGAGGCUAGCAGGCGCCAAGUUCGAUAUAGUUGAUGAGCUUCGACAGACGCCAUUACAUAAGGCCGUGCUCUGUAAUCGACCUGAAGCAGCAGAAUUCCUUCUCAAACAGGGUGUGGAUAAGGAAGCUAAGGAUGUCCUGGGCCACAGUCCAGCAGAUUAUGUCUUGAAGCUCAACAGGAGAAGCCUCGUCACAUAUUUCCAUUAAAAUCUCGUCAAUUGGAGCUAUCGUUUUUGUUGCUCACCAGAUGGCACUGGUUUAAAACAAAGAAAAAUCACUUAUUUAUUACCAGAUAUGCAUGCAAAGCACCAAAGAUAUGUAGAGUGUGGAUUUUACGUGUUUUCGUUCAAUAGAAAGUUAGCUAGUGUACGCCAUUGGACGUUCAAUUUUUGAAGGCUACUGUGAUUGGUUUAACCGACAUCUUGCUAGAUUACACAUAACGCCAUCUAUUGAGCUCACAUUGAACCACUAAAGUAUUUCUUUUGAAUCAAAAAACAUUGCAGCGCCAUAGUUGCGCGAUUUUUGUGAAUCUUU